GCUCUCUCUUUCCCGCUUUCAAAUUCGUUCAAAGCUGUUUGGAAGAAGGAGAAGAAGACAACCUCUGAGGCUUAUUCCGUGGAGAUCUUCACCGGAUGCCCAUGGCGGACCAGGAUUCGGAGCAAUUGCGGAAGUUGUCGCUCGGGAUCGCCAAGGUUUUUCACGAGAUUCAGACCUCCAACGCCACGCACAUUCGGAAGCUCAAGGAACUCGCAGCGCUCCUCUCUUCGUCGUCGCCGAUUCAAUUCUGCAAUGCUUUCUGCAAAUCUCUAGGACCUCUUUUCGAUUUCCAGUCCCGCAUCGCGGUUGCCGAAAGGAUAAUCAAGUUCGUUUCCGUCUUUGCUUGCUCGUGCGCUGGGAAAGAGGAUUGUGGAGUUGUGUUCCUGGAUAAUUUCCUAAGGUUUCUCCUCCUGGCUGCUGCCGCGGCGAACAAGACUGUUAGGUUUAGGGCUUGCCAGAUCGUUUCUGAGAUCAUUAUGCGAUUACCAGAUGAUGCUGAAGUCAGUAGUGAACUUUGGGAUGAGGUGAUAGAAUGCAUGAAGUUACGCAUGGAAGAUAAGACCCCUGCAACUCGAACAUUUGCGGUUAGGGCUCUUGCAAGAUUUGCGACUGAUUCAGAGAAUGAAGACAUUCUUGAACUGUUCAUUGAGAAACUACAGUUGGAGCAGAACGGGGAUGUGCGUAAGGCAAUUGUGCUAGCUAUGCCUCCUUCAAGUGCAACUCUGUCAGCAAUAAUUGAUUUCACUCUCGAUGUGAAUGAAUCAGUCCGGAAGGCAGCAUACUUUGUCCUAGCUAGUAAAUUUCCCCUGCAGAGUCUGAGCAUCAAACAAAGAACAGAUAUUCUUCAAAGGGGGCUUGCUGAUCGUUCCACAGCAGUCGCAAAGGAGUGCAUGAAGUUGAUAAAAGAUGAGUGGCUCGAGAAAAGCUGCAAUGGAGACCCUAUACAGCUGCUUAAAUUUCUAGAUGUUGAAACAUAUGAAUCAGUAGGAGAAUUGGUAAUGACAACUCUACUGAAAGCAGGAUUGGUCAAAUUGCAAAAUGAUCAAUCCAUCCGGAAAUUCUUUUCAUCCACGGGUGAAUCAGCUGAAGGACCCUGCAAUAAACCUAUGGAGUUAAUGGAUGCUGAAGUUGUUCUUUUUUGGAGAAUGGUCUGUAAGCACUUGCAUGAGAAAGCCCAUACAAAGGGCUCUGAUGCUGCUAUGACUACGGGUGCAGAAUCAGCAGUAUAUGCAGCAGAAGCUUCAGACAGCAAUGAUCUUCUUGAUAACAUUCUUCCUGCUUCUUUGUUGGAAUAUGUCAAAUUGGUUAAUGCUCACAUUGCUGCUGGGCCAAAUUACCGAUUUGUCUCUAGGCAAUUGUUACUUUUGGGUACGAUGCUUGAUUUCUCAGAUGCUUCAAACAGAAAGGUGGCUAGUGAAUUUGUUCAGAAGUUGUUACAUAUGACUGUUGAUCAUGAAUUUGAUGACCAAGGGAAUGAAGUAGUGGUGGGGGAUGGUUUUAAUUUAGGAGGGGAGAGGGAUUGGGCUGCUGCUGUAGCAGAAUUGGUAAAGAAAGUCCAUGCAGUCCCUGGAGAAUUCGAAGAAGUUGUUCUUGGUGUGGUGGAGGAGCUUGCACGGCCAUGCAGGGAGAGAACAGCUGACUAUAAAGAGUGGUUGCAUUGCCUUGCUGUAGUUUCGCUGCUUUUGGAGAAGACUAGUUCCUUUCGUCAUAUGCGUGGAAAGCCCAUUGAGCCUACUGAAAUUCUUCUCUCGAUAUUGCUUCCAGGAGCUAAGCAUGCUAAUUUGGAUGUCCAGAGGGCUUCUCUCGGGUGCCUUGGCCUUUUUAGCUUCCUAGAAAGGGCACCAAGUGAGACUAUCGUGAAGCAAUUAAGAAGUUCAUUUGUCUAUGGCCCUCCAUCUAUUUCUGUUAUGGCUUCUAAGGCAUUACUUGACCUUGCGGUUUGGCAUGGCCCUGAUGAAAUGGACAAAGCAAUGAAUUGCAAUCUAUCAUCACUGUUGAGUGACCAUAAUAUGGCUGCAACCAAAGUUGAGUUCUGCAGUGGAACCGAGGAUCCGAAUAUUGAACUGCUCAGUCUGCUUUAUGCCGGACUUGGGCACAAUUGGGGUGGUUGUGUUGCGACCGAAGAAAACCAACCGAUUCAAGAGAUUCUAGGAGAGGGUCUGGCGAAGAUUCUUCUGUUGAGCGAAAAGUUUCCAGGAUCACUUGCUUCGAUGCACCACUUGCUAUUGGCUAAACUAAUCAUCCUUUAUUUCGGUUCCGACAGCGAGCACCUUCAAAGGUUGAAACAAUGCCUGUCGGUCUUCUUUGAGCACUAUCCAUCACUUUCUGCAAAUCAUAAGAUAUGCCUAUCAAAGGCGUUCAUGCCUGUAGUCCGGUCUUUGUGGCCUGGUAUCAAUGGCAACGCUGCAGGAUCUUCCAUGAUGGUGUCUAAAAUGCGUAAAAGAGCCAUACUGGCUUCGCAGUUUAUGGUGCAGAUGAUGCAAGCUCCUCCUCCUCCUCUGUUAGACGAAGCCAAAGACAAAGAGAGUGAAAAGGCAGAUGCAGAGAAGGAUGAUCCGUUGCUGGAUUUUCAAAGUGGAGAGGAAGGACUUGCACUUCGCAUUGCGGCUGAGGUGGUGAGCUUAGCGUUACCAGGCAAGAAGUCGGCUGCAGAAAAAUCAUACGCUGCUGCACUUUGUCGAGCGCUUUCAUUGCUCAACUUUAGAGUGUCAGAGCAGGCGGCUAUAAAGCUCAUGCGAAUGCUUCUAAGCCGUAUGAUCAUAUCGGUAGCUGCAAGUGAAAAAGAUGUUGCGAGGGAAUUGAAGCAUAUGAGGGAGCGGCUGCAGGGGAUGGAAAAGCAGCCGGAUGAGAAGCUGUCCGCUGACCAAAUGCAUCGGAUGUUAGGGACGCUGAUGCUGGACCACCAUCUAUCAAUGGAAGAAGACAUGGACGAGGCUGCUGCUGCUAACACUCACACUCCGGUAGUAGUUCCAUCAACCACAUGGCGCACCAAUGCUGCAAGAAAGCAGCAGCAAGCUAGGAGGAGUGAGGAAGAAUCUUCAUCCGACGAUGAAAUCUCUCCUCCCAUUAAUGGUGUCAACGUCGUUCCCAACACUCCUGCUCGUUCCCAAAGAGCAAGCAAGACGGCAGCGCUGACGAGAAUGACGGCAACAGUCAGAAUAGAUGAGGACGAUGACGAGGACGAUGAUGGGGACGUGACGUCGGAAGACGAAUCCUAAGGCGUUUGUUUGACUCCAAAUGGAAUUUUAAAUAUUGUUGUUGUGUGUUGUGAAUUGGUCGAGCUGCUGCUGCUGCUGCUGAUCCUAUCCUCUCUUAUGUUAUGUGAAUGUGCUUUCAAUUCUGAAACCUGCUCACUCUUCCUUUCUCCCUUUUCUUUCUUAAACUUCUCAUGUCAUGUAAUACAGUUUGUAAGACUAUAUGCAAUGCAAGAAUCACAGAUA